AUGUUAAAACAAAGGCUGCAGAACGCAAAGGGAGCCAGGGCCAAAGAGCUCCCCCAGGUCCUAUGGGCAUAUCGGACAACUCCACACUCCACCACAAAAGAAUCGCCCUUCCGAUUGGCUUAUGGAAUGGAGGUAAUGAUACCGGUAGAAGUGGAAGAAGAAUUUCCCAGAACGAUCCUCUACAGCGAAAAAGCUAACUCCAAACUUCAUAGGGAAGAGCUCGAUCUACUCUCAGAAGUCCGAGAAAGAGCUUGGACCAAAGAAGAAGCACUAAAACGUCGCAUGGCCUUAAGAUACAAUCAAAAGGUAGUGCAACGAAGCUUCACCAACAAUGACCUCAUCCUAAUCCAAAAUGAUAUCGGAACAAGUCGACCCAGAGAGGAAAAGCUAGCAGCUAAUUGGAAAGGACCCUACUGA